CCCCGCCCCUUCUCCCGACUUCCGCCCUCCCGGGAAACCCCGCAGGAGCGGAUAUAGCGCCCUCUCCUUCCGGCGUGGCUCCUUUUCGGCCGUCGCUGCCUCCACGCGGACAUGCCUCUCGCAAAGGACCUCUUGCAUCCCUCCCCUGAGGAGGAGAAGCGGAAGCAUAAGAAGAAGCGCCUGGUCCAGAGUCCCAACUCUUACUUCAUGGACGUGAAGUGUCCAGGUUGCUACAAAAUCACAACUGUGUUCAGUCAUGCUCAGACAGUGGUUUUGUGUGUUGGCUGCUCAACUGUGCUAUGCCAGCCCACUGGUGGAAAGGCACGGUUGACAGAAGGAUGUUCCUUCAGGCGAAAGCAGCAUUAAAUGAAGCAGAUGUUUUCCCCAGGACGGUGGGGCUACAAGCACAGUUGUCGGUGUAGUUGUUGAAGAUCUCAAGACCGUGGAUGAUUUCCAGCGUCUAAAAGCAAGCUGCAGCUGUGUGACUCUUGAGGUCUUCAGCUUCUCCUAUGAGAUAGGAUUAAACUGUGGCUAUUACUGUCCUUGUAGCCUCACCCAUUUGACUCAAUAAAUUUUGGAUAUAAAGACAA